AUGCAUCUCAAGUCCGUCCUCGCCACCUCCCUGGCCGUCUCAGGCACCCUCGCCUACCCCGGCAUGAACGAGCAACUGUCCGAGAUCCAGAGCCGCACCCUCUUCAGCAAGAGCGAGUCCAACGAGCUCCUCGGCGACCUCGUCACCCUCAAGGACCGCGAGCUCACAAAGGUCGGAAAGGACAUCAAGGGCCUCCUCCAGGGCAAGGGCAACCCCCAGUCCGAUGAGCGCUACAACAACGUCCCCGCCCUCAACUCGCCACAGUGCAAGAAGGACACCUGCUGCGUCUGGCGCUACGUCGCCGACGACAUGUACCAGUUCAUGGCCGGCUCCUCGGGCCGCUGCACGAAGUGGGCCCGCGCCGCCGUCCGCCUCGGCUUCCACGACGCCGGCACCUGGUCCAAGGCCACAGCCUCCCAGGGCGGCGGCGCCGACGGCAGCUUCAUCCUCGCCGGCGAGAUCAGCCGCUUCGAGAACCGCGGCCUCGAGGAGAUCACCGCCCGCUUCACCGAGCUGUACGGCAAGUACAAGGACAUGGGCUGGGACAUUGGCAUGGGCGACUUCAUCCAGAUGGGCGCCAACGUCGCCACCGUCAUCUGCCCCCUCGGCCCGCGUGUCAAGUCCUACGUCGGCCGCAAGGACAGCGACGAGCCGAAUCCGGAGGGCCUCCUGCCCAGCCCGUUCGCGCCGGCGGACCAGCUCAUCCAGCUCUUCAAGGACAAGACGAUCAGCCCGCACGGCUUGGUCGCGCUGCUCGGCGCGCACACGACCAGUCAGCAGCGGUUCGUCGACCCCGCGAGGGCCGGUGACCCGCAGGACAGCACGCCCGGUGUCUGGGACGUGUUGUACUACAAGGAGACUCUGAGCAACACCUCCCCUCCCCGUGUGUUCAAGUUCCCCUCCGAUAUCGCCCUCUCUCAGCACCCCGAGACCAAGAAGGAGUUCAAGGAGUUCGCGGGUCUUCUUGGACAGUACCACUGGAACGAGGACUACGCCAGGGAAUACAUCCGCCUCUCCCUGCUCGGUGUCAACAACAUCAACCAGCUUACCGAGUGCACCAAGGUUCUGCCGCCCACGACCAAGGGCUUCCGCAUCAUCGACCAGUUCAAGCUCGACAAGUGGCUCAACAGCGUCGGCAACAAGGGAGCUGCCAAGAAGGCGUCUGAGGAUAUCGAGAACGGUGACACCAUCCAGGUCGAUGUUCCUGCCAACAACAACCGUAACUAA